UAACCAGCCAAAGACCAUGUGGACCGUGACGCGUACGCCGACACUCUUCAUGCUUCUAGUGGCGGUGAUGGCCGCCAGCGUCCACACCAUUUUCGUUAACAACGUGAAUGUUGGACAGAGGCGUGGAGGUGGUGCAGGUUAUGGCUACAAUGGCUACAGGACAGAAUACGGCAGAAGAAAUGGCUUUGCUCCCCCGUUUCAGCAAGGACCGGGACACAUCGCGGGUGGGUUUGGUCCUGGCGCUGGAUUUGGUUACGGAAACGGCUACAGAGGUCCGGGCUUCGGCGGGAUCCGAUACGGUGGAGCUCCUCGACGACCUUACGGUUACGCUCGUCGUUACGGAUAUGGAGGCUUUGGAGGGGACAAGGAAGUCAUCAUCAGCGCUUCCACGUUCACAAUACUUGGAUAACGUCGCAAUACGUAUAGGUGGUGUAAAAAUAUACAUGUGGGUGAA